AUGAGCGACCACUCGGCAGACGACAACGAGGGCAUUCCCCCGCCCACAAUCCGGCAACCUUCCCCGGAAGACACCAUAAAGAUCAUGCUGGCGACGGACAACCACAUCGGGUACAUGGAGCGUGACCCGAUCCGUGGCCAGGACUCCAUCAACGCGUUCAAGGAGGUCUUGCAGUUAGCGGUGAAGCAUGAAGUCGACCUCAUUCUUCUCGCUGGAGACCUCUUCCACGAAAACCGCCCGUCAAGGGAGUGCCUGUUUCAAGUCAUGGCUUUACUCCGAGAAUACACGCUCGGAGACCGGCCUAUCCAGGUCGAGCUUCUGAGCGACCCCGACGAAGGAAAGGCCGCGGGUUACUCUUUCCCAGCAGUUAAUUACGAGGACCCGAAUCUCAAUGUGUCAAUACCUCUCUUCUCCAUUCACGGCAAUCAUGACGACCCCCAAGGCUCGGGCCCCGAAGGCGCUCUCUGUGCUUUGGAUAUGCUCUCAGUCGCAGGACUGGUCAACUAUAUGGGGAAGAUCGACCUUCCCAUGAACGACUCUGAGGCUCAAAACAGUGGCAUAGCCAUCAAGCCCGUAUUACUUCGCAAGGGCGGCACUUAUCUCGGACUCUACGGUAUCGGCAACGUCAAGGACCAGCGCAUGCAUUUCGAGCUCCGCAGCAACCGCGUGCGGAUGUACAUGCCCAAGGACAAAGAGAACUGGUUCAAUAUCCUACUCUUGCACCAGAAUCGGGUCGCACACGGCCCACAGAACUCUGUACCAGAGGGCUUGUUUGACGACAACAUCGACCUCGUCGUCUGGGGGCACGAACACGAUUGCCGCAUCACCCCCGAACCAGUCGCUGGCAAGCGGUACUACAUCACUCAACCAGGUUCCUCCAUUGCGACGUCUCUGGCAGACGGAGAGGCGAUCGAAAAACAUGUUGCGCUACUGAAGAUCCAACACAAGGACUUUGAGCUCACGCCAAUCCCUCUGCGGAGCGUCCGUCCCUUCGUAAUCGACGACGUCGACCUCACUGAAGCCGCUGACACCGAGGGCUUCGAUAUCUUUGAUAAGAUUGCAGUCGGCGAGUACCUCAAGGGCCAGGUCAAUCUCCUCAUCGACCGCGCAAAUUCCGAGUGGGACUCGCGUAACGAGCGCGCCGUCGACGAGGGCGAGGCCCCCUUGCCCCGUCCGCUCCCCCUCAUACGCCUCAAGGUCGACACCACCGGUGUGGGCGAGAUGGCGAACCCCGUCCGUUUCGGGCAGGAGUUCCAAGGCCGGGUUGCGAACCCGCGCGAUGUGCUCACGUUCCACCGCGCGCGCCGGACCGCGGCGCGCGGCGGCGCGAAGGUCGUUGCGGACACUCCAGUGCUGAGUAUCGACGACCCGGACCUGAGCGUGUCGGAGAAGCUGUCGCGGGUGCGGGUCCAGACGCUCGUGAGGGAGUAUCUGGGCGCGCAGGAGUUGCAGUUGCUCGGCGAGGGUGGGAUGUCGGACGCGAUUGAGAAGUACGUGGACAAGGACGACAUCCACGCGAUCGAGGGCCAUGUCCAGCGGGCAAUGAAGUCUCUUAUGGGCGGGGUGCAGGCUGAAGAGGGCGACAUCGACGAAGAUAACCUGGACGAGAUCGUCGAGCGGGUACGCGAAGUACACGAUAAGCAAUACCUCGAGAAACGAGAACACAAGUCCGCAAAAGGCAAGGGAAAGGCGGAGGACGACGAGGACGACAAAGCCUCUGUGGACUCGAUGGUGAUGGACGUCGAUGCCGGCUCCGACUUUGACGCGCUCUCCGACCCGCCGCCCAAACCCAAAGGCAGAGCGAAAGCCGCGCCUAAGAAGGCCCCCGCGAAGAAGGCCCCCGCGAAGAAAGCUCCCGCCAGAGGGAAAGCCAAGGCCAAAUCUGUCACACCUUCAGACGACGACGUGGAAGAGAUCGAAGACGAAGACGAGCCUCCACCGCAGCCUGCGAAGAGGACGAAUCGUGCUGCGGUGCUCAGCCAGUCGACGAAGAAGGCACCGGCGAAGAAGACCGCCGCCAAAGCCGGGACCAGCAAGCCGACCCAGGCAACGCUCAACUUUGCGCCAUCUGGGCGGUCGACAGGGACGCGCGCGGCUGCCUCGAAGGCGAGGAAGAAGGUGGCGAUCGAACUCAGCGAUAGCGACUAG